AUGUGGUAUUUGGUUGUGUGUAGAAAAUGUACAAGAAAAGAUCAGUUAAAAAAUUUAAGAAGAGAAACUAAUACUAAGCAAAAUAAGCUAGUGUUGUGGUGGUUAAAGUUGAAGAAGUUUUUAAGAGGAAGAAUUGAAGAUUUGAGAUUAGGAACGAAGAUUCGUGAGAACUUGUGUAGGUUUUGUUUAUUGAGAAAAGAUUUUGUAUCAAAGUUUGACGAGGUUCCUACACUGAACUACUACUGCUAUUUAUAUUAUUUUAGAUUGGGAAAAUUAUAUGACUGGGGUCAGGUGUGUAGUCCCAAUGAAGUAUUAACAUCGAAAGUAAAUGUGUUUAUGAGUUAUAAUUAUGCUUAUAAUAAUCCACUGAUGUAUCUCAUAUUAUGGUGA